GAGAGCUCCCAGACACAUGAAUGUAUGAAGCGCCACGACGACGCGCAGUCUCUCGGUGCUGUACCUGCCUCGGAAUAACACAACUUCUCUUCAGCACGUCGGACUGAUCGGAUCAUUUAAAUCAAUGGAUUGGAGCUCAAACGGGUUGGUCAUUUUAUUGCUCCGGGAGGGCUAGAGGGUAAGAAAGAGCGCGUAUCUCUCAGUGAGAGAGUAUCAAGAGGGAGAGACAGGGGAGAGGGUGGGAGGGUGGGACAAGGGAACAUAUAUCCUUUCGGUUAUGGAGCUCACCAUGGAGAACCUUCACAGCGUCUCCUCGCACUCCCAGGCGGGGGACCUCAUGAGCUCUCCGCACGCUCGUCCGUCGCCGUCCCCCAGCUCCACUCCCCGGAAUCUGGUAUCGCACGCUCCCGGCGCGCGGUCAGCCAUGGUGUCCGGCAUGGCCUCGCUUCUGGAGGGGUCCGGAGGGGACUACCGGACAGACCCGUCCGCGUUGACCGGACACCUCCACCCGUCCAUCAGCAUGUGCGAGACCGGGAUGAGCCUUAGUAACACGUACACCACGCUGACCCCCCUGCAGCACCUACCUCCCAUAUCCACCGUCACGGAUAAGUUUCACCACCCGCACUCACAUCACCACGCUGCAGCCCAUCAACGACUCUCCGCCGGGAAUGUCAGCGGAAGCUUCACGUUGAUGCGGGACGACCACCGGGGGCUCACCUCCAUGGGCAAUCUGUACAGUCACUACCCGAAAGAGAUGUCCGUGUCCGGCAUGGGGCACGGCUCGCUCUCCCCGCUGUCCAGCGGGCUGGGCUCUCUGCACAACUCGCAACAGUCGCUGUCAGCCUACGGCCCCGGCGCGCACCUCUCCACCGACGCCAAGAUGAUCUCUCCCGUAUCAGGGUUUGACUCCCACGCAUCCAUGCUGUCCCGAAGUGACCAAGAGCACCUGGCCAGGAGUUUAGGGGGGCACGGCCAUGGCAUGAUCUCGAACCUCAACGGCAUGCACCACCACCCGCACAGUCACAUCCACUCCCAGGCAAACGGCGCGGUGAUGCUGGGGGACCGGGAGAGGCACGGCCACGGAGCCAGCCAGGGAGUAUCAGGGUCGGGCAUCCAGGCGGAGGAAAUCAACACAAAGGAGGUGGCUCAGAGGAUAACGGCCGAGUUAAAGCGGUACUCCAUCCCGCAGGCCAUCUUCGCCCAGAGGAUCUUAAGUCGGUCGCAGGGCACCCUCUCAGACCUGCUGCGGAACCCCAAACCUUGGAGUAAGCUCAAGUCAGGCCGGGAGACCUUCAGGAGGAUGUGGAAGUGGCUCCAGGAACCCGAGUUUCAGCGCAUGUCUGCUCUCAGGUUGGCCGCAUGUAAACGUAAGGAGGAGGACCGCGGACGAGAGCGCAACCAGGUGCCAAAGAAGCAGCGACUGGUCUUCACCGACCUGCAGCGUCGCACCCUGGUAGCCAUCUUUAGAGAGAACCGGCGCCCCUCCAAGGAGAUGCAGGUCACCAUCUCUCAGCAGCUGGGCCUGGAGCUCUCCACUGUCUCCAACUUCUUCAUGAACUCACGCCGCCGCUGUCCAGACCGCUGGGACACAGAAGAGCACAGUCACGGGGUGCACGGCCACGUGCACGCGGCUCACGGAAACAGCAGCAACAUCAGCGCCUCGCCAAUACAGCCCGGCACCUCCUCCGCCGCCACGUUCUCCAAGGCCUGACAGCAGCAGGACUGACGGUUGAGCGGACGCACGGAGGCGGACGGAGGUGCUUUUCACUAAAGCAGCAGGUUCUGACUUCAAUUCUGCGGAGCUACUGGGCGUGUAGCCUCCGAACCACUCAUCUGAUUCAUCUGUUCUAAGUGCGGAGGACUUGUGCAGAUGAAUCAGAUCUUCUCAGCGCUCCAUGUGUUUUCUUUUAAUCUGAAUGUCAUUAGGGGCUUGCCUUUCACAACGUGGCUCUGUAAACCAAAAAGAGGUUUCCUCAGAAACCACCACACGUGGCUUUGAGUAAAUCCACCCGAAAAACCAAAGAAAAUCCAACUACGCUAAACUACGCUGUGCGUCUGUGUUGAAGCCUUGAAGAGAGGAUUCUGAGAACUGGUAGCUUUAAGUCAAGAGACCUUGAGCAGCCUUCGCAAAUCAGCCAGAAAUCAGACAGCAGGUGUAUCCGCAGCUGUAAUUUCAGUGUGAGAGAGGCUGAUUGAGAGGUGCAUUUAUGUGUCAAGUGUCUCUAAAACGUUCUCUGCAGGCCCUUUGAUCUGCUAACCACAUGCCACUGCAUGCACACAUCACUGUAUGCGUGUGUGUCAUAUGUGUACGUGCACAUGGUGUAUGUGCUGUAGGGGUGCAAUACCUCUGCAGUCAUUCAACACGCUCCAGGUCAGGUUAACAGUGCCACCUGCUGUUCGUUUUCUACCACAUGGGAACAUGUCCUGGGCAUGUGUGGCUCAUAUCUCCAGCAGCAGGCCUACGGCAACACCUGGCAGCCUGCAAUGUACAUUUGUGUUAGGACACAGCACGACACAUAAGCGAAAGUGUAGCCCUGCAAACACCAAACACAGUGAGAAACAGUGAUAACACACACACACAAACCCUUUGAUACACAUUUGAAUGUUCGUCUUAGCAAAUGGCUUCACGGCCGUCGACUGCAUGAGAGGUUAUUUUCAGGUUACAAAAAAGGAGAACAAUCAAACGGGGACGACAGUCGUCCCCGAGUGUAGGGAGAGAGGGAGGCGGGGUCUGCUCUGUUCUAGUGGCCAAACACAGAGGUCAAAUGUCACAAUAUAGGAUCCUGAGUGCCAAUGAUGUUUGCCUCUUCAUGAUAAUCAGAGGACAGAUGCAGCCCGCCUCCAUCGCCGCGCGCCCCGCUGUGUCUGGUCUGUGUCAUUACAACCUUCGAACUGCGAGCACUAAACGGGCACGUUGCCUAUUCCAUACCUCAGAAAAACACUGACGUGAUCGACAUGUAAACACAAUGAAAAUGACUGUAAAUAAUCUUUGAUUUCAUCUCUUUCUCUGUCUUAUCUCCUCUAUUUAUCUACCCUCUUCCUACUCCUCCCCCUACCCCCACCCGAUGUACUUUUCUUUCACCCCCCCCCCCCCCCCCUUAACUAUUGAUGCGGGUAAUAAUAGUACCAUAGACACAUGGUUUCUCUCUUGUGACUAUUGUGCUAUGUUGUGCUGAAACUGUAUGUAAAGAAGCACCUUGUCGACAAAAUGUAAAAAAAAAAAAAACUUAAAGACAGAAAAAAAAGACAAAUCAACAUGUGAUAGACUGAUCCUAUGCACAGACAAGGAAGGGAUACUACAAGUGACAAACUGUGCAUAUUUGUGAAUACCUGUGUGAUGGAACAGAUAUACCGUCUGGACAUGGAGGACCUCUUCCUUGAUCUCUUUGUUGACCUCUUUCAACCGGACUGUCGCUGCAUUCCUCUGCUAACGGUGUUCUUUGGCUACCAUGAGAACCGCCUCAUUUCUUUGUGCAUUUAUACUUUUUCUUUUUGUGGGCAAAGCCACUCGUUGUGUAGCAUCUUCUAGCGGGAGAUAAUCAUAUUAAAGAGGAGACGCAGGCAGGAGGAGGAAGAAGAAGAAGAAGAAGAAGAAGAAGAAGAAGAAGGGUGCAGCGGGGAGAGGCAAGGAAACAAUUAAGUGACAUUCCUCCAUAAACCGUGUCGUUGUGUAGUGCACUGUAACAGGCUUUCUGUUGGGGGUGUCAUUUAGGUAUCGCUCCGGGGUCCAGAGUGGGGGGGGGGGAACGUUUGUAGGUUUUCAGUGCAGAUGUUUAAUGUUUAAAGCAGGAAGUUAGCGAUGGAAACGGUUGUGUGCGUGUGUGGCUACCUCACAGAUUUAAGUGGACUGUGACACAGCCAUCAAUACCAAAGAUACUUUGAGCCUGCUGUGUUCACUCUGGACCUGGGACGUGCAUGCACACACACACACAUACACACGCACACACACACACACAGAGUCAGAUGCAGGAGUGCAUGUGUGCACUUCCACAGAGCAGUCGUGCCGCGUGGCAAACGCUAAGGGGUGUUUGUUAUGUGGGAAGAGUUGAGUGCCUUUUUCCUUCAACCAGGGGUUGGGCUGCUCUGAUCAUACACACACACACACACGCACACACAUGAUUAAAGUGAAGGGGGGCACACACUGGGUGAAAGGGGUGCCACACUGGAGGGGCCUUCAUGACAUUAAAAAGCAUUUGCUCUGAUUCAAAGAGCGCCUUUUUUUUCCAAACAGUGAGGGGCAGAGAUUGUUUACCGCCACCGUUUUGUGUUUUAUUUAUUUAUUUUUUUACACCCAGGCGAGACUCCUUCAUCUCGACGAGUCCCCUCCACAAUACACACAUGCACACACACUCCAGCCAGAGAUAUUUUUGUGUAAUUUGUAAUCCUGAGUGUAGGUGUGUGUGUGUAUUCGACUGUUUACAAAACCCUCUCUCUAAUUGGCUGGCAUCUAAAUUCUAAACAUCCAACCAAAGAGAAAUCGGAACAGAAACGAUCCAGCUUUCCAUCUCCAAAAGACACAUGACGCCCGCCGGUGACCCCCGCCCAUCCAAACCCUCUUUGCUCGUCCCUCUGUCCAGGGUAGCAUUACAACAAGGCAGGCAUGUGUAGACAAUUCAUCUCGAUAUACCUCAAAUCUUUAUUGUAAAGCUUAAUAUAGUGAAACAAUAAUGACAAUGUUUAGCAAUGAGUGACAUUAAAGUCACUACAAAAUGAUUGUUCAUCUGUUUAUCUUUUUCUUUUUAAUUUUUUUUAAAGGAGUGUGUGAAGUGUAAGCUGUUGACAUCUUUUGAGUUCAUUUAUUGUUUGUAGAUUUGCACGGUGUCCUCUUUGGAGAAAGUCUGAAGGGAGGAAGUGCACAAGGAAUAAAUAUAAAAUAGGAAAGGACAUAUAACAUGACAAAACUGGAGAGGUUUAUGAAAAUAAGAAGGUGCAUCUGAGAAGAUGAAGGCAAAUAUAACACAUCAAGGACACAUUCAUUUCUGUUCUGCAACACUUUUUUUUGGCUUAUUUUGUGUUUGAAAAUUGUCUCCAGUGUGUGUUAAAGCAAUUCCCAUAUUAAAAAAAAAAGAAAAAAAGAAAACCAAACAAAGCACCUCUGUCAUUAGGGGUGGGAUGAGCGAUUCUUUUAUGCAUGGUUACUAUAUAAGUGUAUAUAAACCACAGGAUGAACUGUACCUCUACAGGUGGAGGAGAGGGGGAGAAACUGGGGGGGAAAAAAACAUCAACUGGGUCUUUGUUUCCGAGUAAUCUUUACAUUCUUUCUAGCUCCUUGUCUUUUACGUGCUGUUUGUGUAUUUGUAUAAAAUAUGUAUAUUUGUAUGUGUUUCAGGUUCAUUACUGUGUCUCUCCCCUGGCUGUAACCUUACCCUUUGUGUGCAAUAGUCCCCCCACUUCCAUCUCUGUAUCCGUUCCAUCACGCAGGUGUGAGUGUGCGCGUGAGAGUUUCUCCGUUUUGUUCAUCCGUAUUUAAUCUAAAUUUCAAAUCCGGCCUGGGUGUUUGUGUGCUUUAGGAGCUGGCCGAAGCUUAAACGGACAGACAGAGACAGACAGAGACAGACAGACAGACAGCCAGGCAGCUGAAAUUUCUUCCUAGCGCAUCAAAAUGGCGUCAUUUGCUUUUUUCUUUCAGACAAACCUCAGAGCUCUGGAAGCCCCAGUGUCAAUGUUCUCUCCCUCUUCCCUUACCGAUCAAUCAAUCAGAACCAAGUGUCUUUGUGAUGGUAGAGACAAUCAAUUUCCAAUAGAGCAGAGACAAAAAAAAAAGAAGGAGGGAGAGAGAAAGAGAGUGAUGGAGGAGGGCAGAGAAACUGACUGGACAGGAGAGGUGGGAGGCGAAGGGGUAAGAAUGGCUCUCAGUGUGUGUGUGUGUGUGUGUGUGUGUGUGUGUGUGUGUGUGUGUGUGUGUGUGUGCGCGGUCACCUUUAACCUCUGCAGAGUGACCUUUACGAUGGAGGCCGAGGCAUUCAGGACCCUCCCCCGGCUACGAGGGGGGUAGUGGUGAGGAGGGAGGGGGGAUCUGACUUGUUAAGUGGACAUCUAAUCGAAGGUGUUGAUCAAAUGCCUGCACACAUAUGCACAGAGGGCACAUGCACAUAAACACACACACACAGCCAUCACGCAGAGAGCCUUUCUUCUUGAUCUGGGUGAUACAGUGAGUCUGUCGGUCACGUUGGUCUGCCUUCAGCCUGCGGAGGAAGGAUCAAGAAAUAACUGGAACAAAUAAUGCACCAAGUGAAAACCAGUAUGGGUAAAUUUGUGUGUUUUGAGAAAAACUAAUAAAGAAACAAG